GCACGGGCCACCAUCACGGUGCGCACGGACAACUUUGUUGUUCAGAUUUUUCUGACAAAUCUGAAGCUCACUCCUCGACAGGCUCGCUGGUGGCGCCAUCUAUCCGAGUUUAGUUUCACCACUGAGCACAUCAAGGGUGAGACUAAUCGGGUCGCAGAUGCCUUAUCCCGGUUGCCCUGAUCACGAUCAGGAGCAGAUCCAGCUCGCUUCCAUCUCGGUCACCACCAUCCACCACUCGGUGAUCGACGAGUUUCGCACUUAUUACCGCCACUGCCCCGACUAUCGUGACAUCCAUGCGGUCCUUCGGAGUGGCAAGACCGUGCCAAAGUACUCUAUCGGGGAUAACGGUUUUGUGUACUGGCACAGUUCACAUGGCACCAGAGAGCCCCGUAUUUGCGUUCCCUCCACUGGACAGCUACGUGUCCGGGCAGUAGCAGAGUUCCAUGACCAGGUUGCCGUCGGUCAUAUGGGCUUCCACAAGACGUUGGCUCAUGUGAGCCGCUUGUACGUCUGGCCGAAGCGCAAGGAUUUUGCGAAGGACUACGUCGCAGAGUGUCCCAGCUGUCAGGAGGAAAGGCUGUGUGCGGUCGACGUGAAAAGGAAAGUCGGGCAGUGUCCGUGUGGUAGUCGAAGGACCGGAACAACGUCCGUGGCGACAUGGCGUGGUCGCUCUGUAUCACCAAGACAGAACUAUGGAGCACAGUUACCUAGAUCAUUGUCGGCGGACUCGAAGACCACAUCGAAACUGGAAGAGCUUGGCGGGAGUGUGGCUACUUUGAAGGAAUUCGUUGAUCAGGAAAGGAUACGUCGUGGAGAAAAAGAGAGAAAAAGGUUGGCAAGGGAGGAAGCAAAGAAGAAAGAGUUAGAAGCCUUACAACGAGAGGCGGAGGAGCGUUUAGCCGAGGAAGCCCACUGCCUGAGGAAGCUGGAAAAGCAACGACGCUGUGAGGAAGAACAAUUGGCAAUGACCACGGCGGUGGAAAUGCAGUUGGCGGUGAGACUAAGCAAGAUCCAGGAGGAGAUUAAGAACGAAGUGCGUAAGGUAGUUGAGAAAGGGAAAGCGAAGGAGGAACAACCUUCUUCUUCCGGAUCAGCGAGCGAGCCAAGCGAAGUGGAGGUAAUAACCGUCGGCACGGAGAAUCUCGCUACAACUGAGAAACGAAAGCGGGGUGAGGAUACCCUUGUGGGAAACAGCCCACCGGUCACUAUGCCAGCUAAGAAGCAGAAUCAACGCGCAAGCAUACGGCAACUUCGUUUCUCUGAGCGUCUGCAACGGACUCGGACGCGUGUGAUCUGGAAGAAUACACGCUCACCAACGGGUAAAGCUUCAUCAGCCAUGAAACCACCAACGAGGAAUGUCGCAAUGGAGCGACUGAUGUACCUGGACCAAGCGAGGAGGGAAUCGGCCAUCGCGGAUUGUGAGUUGUUGCGUGAUUACUGUCGACUAGAAGGCGUUACUUACACCACAAAAGUGCAAGUCAUUUUUGACUUAGCUGAUGCAAGGGAACGGGUAAGAUUCGGCCUUGGAACACACUCGAGGACCGAUUCACAGGACCUGGAGGCUGCCGAGGAAGAGAAGUCGAGCCAUGAGAGCUCGGAUAACGAUUCGGGGCAGUGACUAGGGUUGAGCGACAAGCGGUGGUUGUCUAUUAGCGAUCCAUUGAUAGCCUGUCGCCUCGAUCGUGGUUGCUUUAUUCCUUAUGUGGAAUGCACAUUUAGAC